UCCUAACCCCCCUUUCAUCUACAGACUCGUAUUCUAUUCCGGCUAAAUAGUCCAUCGUUCCAUCUGAUUGGAAAUAUUGAUUUCUUUCUCUCUGUUCUUCAUUACCUUCCCAUCCCCCAAUCCAUUCGGAUUUUGGCGAGUGACUACUUUGCGGACUGGCGCGGCACUUGACCCUCCGCUGCCACGCUGACUAGUCUCUCGUGCUAUUUUGGGGGGACCGUUACCAUAUCUUUCCCCCCAGCCCCGGAAUUUCUUUGCGCAAACACGAAGGGCGGUGACGGAUCCCUCGGUUCAUCGAUCUGGACCAUAUAAUUCUGUCGCAUCGUGCUUGAAUUCCUCCCCCCACCCCACCACCCCCCGUCUCAUCGCACGCUCCCGUCAUGGUCACUGGCAAAUCCCAGGGCGCCGAGGCGUUUCAAACGCUGCCUACGACAGCGUCUCCACCUAGGUUUAUCGCCGCAUCGCCACCGUCGAAACGCGACUUGACAUCGUGGUGGAAACAGUUCAAGAGGAAUACGAGGAAAGAGGUGCCAAAAGAAAAGCCGCAGGGUAUUUUCGGAGUCCCCCUCAACGUGAGCAUCAAGUACGCCAACGUCGCCAUUUCCCUGACCAAUGACAAUGGUGAGAGCUUUAUUUACGGCUACGUGCCCAUCGUCGUCGCCAAGUGUGGGGUGUUUUUGAAGGAAAAAGCGACGGAUGUCGAAGGCAUUUUCCGACUCAACGGAUCCGCCAAACGAAUCAAGGAUCUACAGGAUAUUUUUGACUCCCCCGAGCGAUAUGGGAAGGGACUGGACUGGACGGGAUACACGGUGCACGACGCCGCUAACGUUCUGCGUCGGUAUCUGAACCAACUCCCCGAGCCGAUCGUCCCGCUGGGCUUCUACGAGCGCUUUCGCGAGCCCCUACGCAUCUAUCAGAGGCAGGUGCAGUCCGGAGGGCCUACAAACGAGGGAGAGACGUUUGACCACCCGAAGGCGGUCGCAGCAUACCAGCAGUUGAUCCGAGAGCUCCCCCCGUUGAACAAGCAACUGCUCCUAUAUAUUCUGGACCUCUUGGCUGUCUUCGCUUCCAAGUCUGACCAGAAUCGAAUGACGUCGGCCAACCUGUCCGCCAUUUUCCAGCCCGGACUGCUUUCCCAUCCCCAGCAUGAUAUGUCGCCGGACGAAUACAAGCUGAGUCAAGAUGUGUUGAUCUUCCUGAUUGAAAACCAGGAUCAUUUCUUGUUCGGCAUGAAUGGUACCGCUGCAGACGAGGCGACGGUCAAGGAAGUAGAGGGUGGUAUGACCCCUCGAGCGACCUCGCACUCCACGGUUCGGCGCUCGGUCUCGAGCGCGAGCGGCGGUGCAGAGAGCUUCCGAAAGUAUGACAGCCUGCGCCGGAACGUCUCGGUGUCAUCGAAGAAUUCUCGUAAUUCCAACACGGCCAGCCCCGCAUCCCCGACGUCCUUGGGCGCCGUUGGCGUCCACCGCAGCAAUACGCUACCGUCGAAAAUGUCCCCGGCUAUCGCGCAAGCCAGAUACAGUCGAGUGACGGAAGCCACCGGCGGGAACACCCCCGGGCGGACCUCCACGCAGCGCUCGCGCUCGCCUAGCCAGGCACCACCGCCGGGCCCCGAGCAGAAACCGCAACCCACGGCACAGGGAGAUGAGGCAGCAACGGGUCUUGUGUAUGUGCAUACAUCAACCCAUGGCCCGAUUCCGGUUACCAAGGGGCCGACCAGCCAACCGCCUACUAGUCAUCCGCUCACGAGCCAUCCGCCUACAAGCUACCCGCCCAUCCCUGAAAAGCCGGCCCAGGACACUUUAGCGGUGCCCUCUUCACCUCCGCCGGCCGCUGUGACACCGACCAAGGAGCGCAAGCUGUCCAGCUUCUUCACCAAGUCCCCGCCGUCGGGGAGUGAAAAAGAGCCACGACAGCCCAAACGGCUCCAGAAGAAACGGAUCCCAGGAAGCGCCAGUGCCAGUGCACAGAGCUCAUCCCAAUCACUCCAAGCUGCCACAUCUGAUUCUGGUAUCGGGAUUCCACCGCCUCGCGCAUCUGAUCCUAACGACGCCGGAGGUGAUACACCGAGACCCCCGAACGCCAGUAACCCCGAAGAUCAUUCUCCCGAAGGGAAGAUUGAGAAGUCAGGAGGUCAGAGCGAGAGUGGACAUCCUGCCGACACUACUUUGAGACCGUACGGGUCACGCACUCCAUCGAUGAACUCACGGUCAUCGUUCACCGAUUUUUCGGACGCUGAUCCCAUUGACGACACAUCUCGAGCCGAGCGCAAAGAGCAUCGGCGAAGCUGGAGGUUUCAUCGAUCAUCCAAACGGAGCAAUGAACAAAUCGGCCUCGGCCUCGGGUCCCCGCCACUCUUGGCUUCUAAUCCGGGGGCGGACCUUAGCACGAGCUCGUUUGGUAGUUGGCAUCACUCCAGCAAGAGCUCGCCGUCUGAUCUCCAGCAGUUCGCCAGCGAACACUCAUUCCAGCCGCUUAGCCUGGAUGCCGAAGUGAACAAUAAUGGCAAGGACUCGUCCGAGCCGGAGAAACGUAGUUUGUUCGGGAAAUUCAAGGCCAAGGUUGCACAAGUGCGAGACGGUGUCAAGGACUCCGAACGGGAUCGAACAAGGAGUCCUCCUGUCCAUUCCGACCCGGAAAUGUCUGCCUCCAGCCUGACACUAUCUCCUUCCAGUAAGGAUACCGGCCACCUCCGGCCUGCUCCGCCGCCGCCAAUCGAUGCGAACAAGGAAGUCAAAGAGGCACAAAGCCCUCCAGUUUCCCCUCUCCCCGGGUCAGGUAUGCCUCCAGCGAUCCCGGAGGAACCGCGCACCCCUGAAAGCCCUGUCGCGCCCGUCAACACGGAGGUAAAGAAGGAAAACGGAGAGGUCGAGACGGCAGCCGCAACAACCCUCCCAACUUUUGAAUCUCACAAGGGAGAUAUCGAGACAUCUCAGUUCCUUGGCAAUUAGUAUACUCUUAGCAUGAGGCGGUCUUGAACACAUCCGACGAACCUCAGAUUUUUUUUUAGAACCCGUGGUCAUCUUCGUAUGUCAUCUUAAGGGUGCACCGGUAUUGCUGCGGGAGCCAGAAAUCCUGGUGAGAGUUUGGAUGGAUGAUAGAAUAGGCUUAUUUUUUUUAUUUCAUUUGUUUUUCAUACCCCGUUUUUUCUUGGUGAUGCCUGAUGGGUCAUGAUUCAUGUAUGUAUGUUGCUCUCCUUGGCUUGGUUGCCAUGUUGAAUAGGACGGUUAGCGUUGAGCUCUCUGGAUGGGAUAUAUAGAGCUUGGAU